GGCUUCCCCUACUGAAGCAGAGAUCCAAGAGGCCAAGGCUCCCAGCCCCUCCAUAAACAGGCAGGCCAGCAUCGAGACAGACCGAGUGUCCAAGGAGUUCAUAGAAUUUCUCAAGACAUACCAUAAACCUGGCCAAGACAUCUAUAAGCAGUGUAAACUGUUUUUGGACACAAUGAGUCGUAAAAGGGACUUAAGCAUUGAGGAGCAAUCUGAGUGUGCCCAGGACUUCUACCAAAAUGUAGCAGACAAAUUACAGACGCGUUGGAAAGUGCCCCCUGAAAAAGUUGAGAAAGCAAUGGAUCAGAUUGAAAAAUACAUUAUGACUCGACAGUAUAAAUAUGUCUUUUGCCCUGAAACAACCGACGAUGAGAAGAAAGAUCUUGCUGUCCAGAAGAGGAUCAGGGCUUUGCACUGGGUGACUCCACAGAUGCUGUGUGUUCCCGUCAACGAAGAAAUCCCAGAAGUCUCCGAUAUGGUUGUAAAAGCCAUUACGGAUAUUAUCGAAAUGGAUUCCAAGCGUGUCCCUCGUGAUAAGUUAGCGUGCAUCACCAAGUGCAGCAAGCAUAUAUUUAAUGCUAUUAAAAUCACCAAAAAUGAGCCAGCUUCUGCUGAUGACUUCCUCCCAACGCUGAUAUACAUUGUUCUGAAGGGAAACCCACCCCGCCUGCAGUCCAACAUCCAGUACAUAACGCGCUUCUGUAAUCCCAGCAGGUUAAUGACAGGAGAAGACGGCUACUAUUUUACCAACCUGUGCUGUGCCGUGACCUUCAUUGAAAAACUGGAUGCUCAGUCUUUAAAUCUAAGCCAAGAAGAUUUUGAUCGCUUUAUGACGGGUCAGACGUCUCCAAAGAAGCAAGAAUCGGAGAGUUUUUCACCUGACGUGUGCCUGGGGGUUAAGCAAAUGUAUAAAAACUUGGACCUCCUGUCGCAGCUGAAUGAGAGACAGGAGAGAAUUGUCAGUGAAGCCAAGAAGCUUGAGAAAGACCUGAUAGAUUGGACUGAUGGGAUUACAAAGGAAGUCCAAGAUAUUGUUGAGAAAUAUCCCUUAGAAAUUAAACCCAAAAACCAAGCCUUAGCAGCUAUUGACUCUGAAAAUGUGGAGAAUGACAAGCUGCCCCCACCACUGCAGCCUCAGGUCUAUGCAGGAUAAUUAUCAGUGUUAACUUUGAAAAGCAUCGUUACCCUCACCUCCUGCUCUCUGCUACUUGGGAAGGGAAAUAAAAUUAAGACUAAAAAAGAAAAAAUCAGAUGAGCUUAAAUCAGUACAUUUUUAAAGGUACAUCUUUUUUUUGUUAAGUGUAAUGAAUUGUAUUUAUUUUAGUCAGGUAGAUUUCUAUUAGGCUUUUGUGGGGUUUUGAACUGAAUUUAAAUUUUCUACACAAACCGGUGUAAUUUUUAAGCAACACUAGAGACCAUUGGCAUCUUUCCUGA